UGUUAAUGCUAAUCAUGUAGAAUUACACGCUUUUUGUGACGCCAGUGUAAAAGGGGUUUGGAUGUUGUGUAUAUAUUCGUUUUGUUGAUGCAGUAGGGAAUGCACAAGUCUCGUUGGUUACAUCACAAUUCCGUGUAGCACCGUUUCGAAAUGUACAAUCCCCAGGUUAGAGCUUCAAUCUGCUGUAAUGUUGUCGAAAUUAAUCAAUCAGGUCACAAAGACACUUUCGUUAGUAUUUUAUAUCGAUUCCGUUUAUUUAUGGAGCGACUCAACAAUCAUGUUGUCAUGGAUAAGAAGUAACAAGCGUUUGACGUCAUAGCUACUAAGCUUUUUAAAGACAAACAAAUAAAGGAGUGUCUUAUCUACGAUGAAGAGCUUCUGAAAUCAAAUACGAACUAUGGCAACAAAAGAGGUCUUUUAUUCCACUGUUUAAUUAAAUAUUUUUAUUACUGCACAAACACUGACGUGUCAUUUGUAGUUUCAGUAUUGUGAAAGAUAUUUUUGAAAACACAAGUUAGAAGAAAAAGUUUUGUAUAUAUCUUAUGACCUAUAAUAUUAAAUAACUUUAAACGUUUACUAUAUACUUGGUUUGGAAAUUUAUUGUUUUACAGAAAGCCAUAUAUUGCAUUUGCUUCAUAGAAAGGCUGUUUGUUGAUAAGUGUAGCAUUGUAGAAAGGAAACAUAACACCGAAAAAUUUCAAUCUAAAAAGUACUCGAUUGAUUGUGCUAAGUAUUUUCAAGUUUCUGUAAUAAAAUGGCUUUAUCAAAAGUUGAGCUUGCUGCGUUGUUGGAAUGCAAGAUUUGUUUGGACACCUAUCAUGAGCCUAAACAACUGAACUGCGGGCACACUUAUUGUCAAGGUUGUCUAGAUGGUAUUUUAGUAUUUAUGGAAGAUGGGAGUGCUGAACUGCCUUGUCCAGUGAGGUGUACCAAAAAGACAACAAUUACUCACGAACAAACAACAUCCUCGUUAAUGAAAGUGUUCACAUUAACUGGCAUUUUGGAAAAAGUCUCCCCUGGUGAAAAAGUUAAUUCUUUAUGUCAGCAAAGUAAAGACUGCAACCAGAUGAUCAACUAUUCCUGUACAACAUGCAGUUUAAAGAUCUGUGAGAAAUGUCAAAACCUUCAUUCUUGUUCCAAAAAAUCAUAUAUCAAUGUCAUUUUCAGUCAAAAAUUGCAAGAACUUCAACCAUUUUGUAAGCAACAUGACUCGCUUGCAAAAUUUGCCUGUAUUGAUUGUGAAAAUUUGUUAACAUGUGUUUAUUGCAAACACCGACAACAUAAGAAUCACAGAAUUAAAUCGAUAGAUGAUUUUGGCCUGGAAGCCAAAAAGUGGUUUCAGUCGUUUAUUACAUCAUUCAAUGAAACAAAAGUGGUGUUGGAAAAGUUAACAAGAAAAUACAGUGACGCUCUAACAAAUUUGGAGAAAGAAAGGGAAAUAUUUGUUCAAAAAUUAAAAGAAAGAAAGUUAAAGCGACUAGACGAAUUUUUCAAAAUAUUAAAUGAAGAAGAAGAAGAUCUAUUGCGGAUAUUCGAUGAGAAAUCUGAAGAAUUUAAAGCAAAAUUGAUUUGUGAUGGUUUUGUCGGCAAUAAGAAAGUACAAGAAUUUACAAAUUACGUUCAAGCUUUUAAUUUAAAAUCUCAUUUUGAGUUAGUAACUGAAAAGUUGGAAAUUGAACGACAACUUCGCAGGCUAUCCUCGUUUCCAAGAACUAUCCCAACAUUCAAUUCACAUCUUCAUCAAAUGAACAAAGCAGAUAUUUUGUCAAAUCCAUUGGGCGAAAUAAAUAUUUCAAUAGAUGAUGUCACCACUGUUGGUGUAGAUCCCAAUGAAUGUUUUGUUUAUAGAAACUUGAUUGAUGAAGUUGAAACCCAACCCAACUAUUCCCAAUUAACAACUGAUCUAAUGAACUUAGUUGAAAGUCUGAAAAAGUAUGAGAAACCAAUUGUAAAUCCUUCUUCUGGAAAACAACAACAGAAUGAUGUAAAGCCAAAAAGUUUCCAGCAUGUUAAGAAGAGUUACUCUUUCGAAGAACUUGUAAAAAUCAUUGAAAAUGGUGAUGUCAAGACAUUUCAAACAAUUCUGAUUGAUCAUCCAAGUAUCGUUGAAAUGAGAAGUGUUAAUGAAACAACACUUCUGAUGGAAGCUGUAUGUUUUAAUACACCAUCAAUAGUGAAGUCUUUGAUUGAUGCUGGUAGUGAUGUGUAUGCUGUGGAUAAAAUUAAAGGGAAUGCAUAUCACUACAGUGCAACUUAUGGUCAUCAUGAUGUUUUGAAAGUUUUAAUUAAUCAUGACGUCACAAACAUUAACAACGUAAGCAUUAACAAUGACACACCAUUACAUCUUGCAUCUUAUUUCGGUCGUAUUGAUUGUGUGAAGUUGUUGUUGUCGAUACCACACAUCGAUGUCAAUAUACGUAACAUAUGGAACAGAACUGCUUAUGAUGUUACUCGUAAUAACAUUAUCAAACGUUUAUUACAAGAACAUUAGAGAAAUUAAGAACAUUUUCAGACAAUUAUACUUUUUUAAUUUACGUAAGUAAAUUAUGAAAAGCAUAUAUCGUCUUUUUUAUUAGAACUAUAGGUUAUAGUAGAAUAGAUUUCUUAUUUAUUUCAUAAAUAUACGUUCACAAAUUUCAAAAUAUGACUUCUUAAGAAGAAAA